CCCUCGCGAGUCGAAUAUUUUUGUGUGUGUAGCGUAAAUUGAAAUUAUCUUUCUCAGAAAUCAAUCUCCUCUUCUCCCUCUCUCUCAUUUUCUCUCUCUCCUCUUGGAUUCAUUCUUUGAAAUCAACUCUCUCUUGGGUUCGUCAACAGUGUUCUUCCCCGGCGAGGAACAACAAAGACGAGUAACCAAUUUGAAAAACUCUCUUUCGGAUUCAUAAAUCAUGGGGAGUUCGAUUCUUUUUUCAAAAGUUCAAAUUCACCAGCAACAUGGAUCUUCCUCCCAAAACAGAGCACAAUUCCUGCAUAAUUUCAUUCAUAUAAUUUCCAUUAGAAAAUGAAGUUUAGGAGUAGGAGGGCCAAAAGGAAAGCUCCCUCCAAUGACGUAGAUGGAACUUCAUCAAAAAAGGGCAUGCGGCCGCCCACACAAUAUAUAAGAUUCAAGACGCAAGACAUUCAAGACCAUAAAGAAGAGUUUGGUUAUGACUUGAACCAAAUUAACAAGGUUGCAGCAAAGGUUUGUAAAGAGAUGACUGAGGAGGAGAAGGAGCGAAAUAGCUUAGCCUAUGAGGAUGACACGGCAAAGUACAAGGCUUGUCAAUAUGUUUCGAACAAGAGGACAAACAAGAAUAAGGAGCCAAAGAUGACUAAUAUGUCUGGGGGGGUUCAUGGGCAAGAUGAAAAUGCACCCGGUGUUGAUAUUGUAGUGGUUGAGGGGGACGAUGAGCAAUUAUCACAGAUAAUACUAGUUGACGAAGCCAUGUCAUCACCUAGACUUCUUCGCACUAUCAACCCGUCAAAGUACAAGAGGCCCCCUUGGGUUAGUGAAGCAAAGAAAAAAUUAAGUGGUCAACUGAAAAAAGAGAACUGGAAGUUUAUGAAGUACAUUACAUGUACCGAUGGAGACAAAAGUGAAAUUAUUGUGGAUAUGCAUGGCCAUCACAUCACUCGAGCUCACAUUCAAAUAUUAUUCAGCAAUGAGUGGAUUACUAGCCCGGUUAUUAACAUGGUUGGGGCAGUGAUAAUGGCCAGCCAGGGUCAAAACCGGAGCAAAUGGAUUUUUGACACUAUGCUUGUGAUGUUUCGUAUGCAGCCCCAUUUACUGGAAAAGUGUAGGAUGUUUGCAAGAACUAAAAGGGCAUAUGAGGAAGAAUGGGAGCAUUAUUGCAAUUUGCUACGGACUGAAAGAGAUAACCUAGGACAGUAUAGAAAGUUUUUUUUCCCAUCUUGUAUCAACCAUCACUGGUGCCUCUUUGUUGUUGAUCUUGAGUCCAAAACUGUCGACUAUUUGGACUCAAUGAAAUACUCAAAAUUUUCUAAAAAUGCACAAAUCAUGAAAGGGUUCCUCGAAGUUGCAUUUGGCCAGAAGUUGCCAGACUGUAAAACUAACAUUGUUAAAGUAACAAAGCAGCUGGACGGGGAGAGUUGCGGAUUGUUUUUGAUAAGGUUUAUGCAGCGUUGGAAUGGUGGUCAAUCCCUCGCAUUGACAGAUGUGGAUCCACAUGAGAUGUGUACCCAGAUUGGCCUUGAUCUCAUACUAGAUGAGAAUAAUACACUAAAGGAUGCUAUUGUUACCAGGGCUAGAGGACCAUAGUUGUCAUUACAUCAGUGCAUCUUUGUGCUUUCAAGUGCACAGUGGAGGCAACAUCUUUAAAAGGGGCACUUUCAGUUUACAAUAGGGAGCUUUGAACUAGUGAAGUUUAUGUUAAAGGCUGUAGAGUUUUACUAAGAGGGAUAGAAUUUGUUUUUGGCUUCAAAAUCAUUGUAGCUUUUGGUCAUCUUUUGUUCUUGGAGAGAAACUAUAGAAAAACCAUAUCCCCUUGUCGUCUUUGUAAUCUCUCUUCUUGAUUUGUGCAGAAUGGUUAUUUUGGCCUUUUCUGCUCUCAGAAUUGUAAAUUUUGUAACACAGUAUCUACGCAUAAUGGUUAUUUUGGUUGCUUUAUCUUUGCUGCA